CUUUUUGUGAGUGUGUGAGUGAGAGCAAUGUACGCCUGUUUACAGGCGAAACAAAAACAGAUGAACACGAAAAAGAAACGCACAGAAAAACAAACAGACGAUCCAAAUAUGGCGACAAGCGAUAAAAAAAAAAAAAAGAGGGAAGAGGAGGACAAAACCGAACACAGCUGUGCGCAUCUGCUGGAAACGCAGUCGGAACGCGCUUUCAAAAGAAGGAAGAAAAGAGCCACGUGAUUCACCGCGACACAUGCGUGCCUAACGGCAGGCGCCAAGGGCGACUUUCGAGCGGGGUUCAAAUACCCAACGCCUCAACCCGACCGAAACGGACAGUUCCCAUCGAUGCUGCCCUAUCUACGCAGGAGCGUCACGUCUCUGCUACAUGGCGUCUCUACCGAGCCUUUCGGAGAAGACGACAUCAAAGCAGAACUAGAGAAGUUGGCCGAGUCACAGCGGGAUCCAGGUACCGGCGUAGAGCAGCCGACACCGACGCCGCUCUGCGACGAAGCAGCUGAUGACUACGAGGAUGGAGAACUAACCGACACCGCCUCGGUGGCCAGCGAAACCGGAGUGACGGAGGCGCGCCCUUCAAAAACGGUUCCCGGCGCCUCCUGGGCUGCGAAGCGUGUCAGGCGACUCCUGGCGGUGCAGAGCGCCUUCGGAGCUCGAUUCGGAGCGGCCAAGGCGCCUUCUGCACCGGCUUUCUCAGAUGCACAGACGCAGACGUUGCCCGAUGACAGCACUGAAGAGGUGCACUGUCGCCGAUGCCGAGGUGUCUACAGGCGGCAGAGGGCGCGAGCCGACGAAAUUUCACCGCGGGACGCAAAGCCGUGGCCCUGCACUCCCAGCCUCGCCGUAGCGGCGACCCACAAACCCUGCGGCGGCGGCGGCGCUGGCGCAGCGGACCCUGGGGACUGCCCCGAGAAGCUCGCGACCGCGCACUGGUGCACCCGCCUGGUCGAGCCCGCGCUGGUCGUGGCGUCCGAGAUACUCCAGUACCCGUGGGGCGCCGACGCGCUCUUCCUGGUCGGUAUCGUCCUGCUCGCCUCGCUUCUGGUCAUCCUCUACUACGUGGUCGCCGUCGUGCUGCCCAUCAUGGUCCUCGCCGUGCUCCUGGCCAUGGUCAACUCGGCCCUCUUCGAGGGCAGCCGGUUCGUCCAGAUCCUGCAGCGGCUGGGGCUCACUUGACGCCCCGCGUACGUCCCCAACACGAGGGGCCCUUUCGUCGAACUGCCUUCGUGUCCGAUUUUGAUUGCCGCAAAUUAACGCCCGCGAAAACGCGGAACGCCUGCGCUUCUGCGGAGUCGAAUCGCCGAUUCAUUUUCGCUCCUCGAGCACGAAGACGUGCAUACGUCCACGGUCAACUUUCCGCGUCCGAGAGUGUUGUCGUGUCGCGUUAUUCUAGAUCCCGUCAAAUGCCGCCAUUUCGUCGUUUCGAGCCAAUCGGAGCUCUGUGCAGAGCCAAUCAGAGCCGCUUUGUGAGCUCAUCAGAGUUGACAAGAUGGCAGGAUUCGACGGUGCCAAGCAAAACGCCCACGUGGAAAAAAAGAAAACAGUGGCUCACAGGCGAAUUCGUGGGUGCCCGUAAAUAUGACCAGAAGUGAUCUGCGGUUUAAGAUCGAGAACAGAUGUCUCUUGAUCUGGUUUCUAAAGGCGCUGUAGCCAAACAUUCUAUUCGCACGCUUAUACGAGAGAUGCGGAUCGUGUUGUCUAAUCUUGCUCUUUGACCUGUCGUUUGCCAAGGACAGCUUAACAUUUAAGCGUUGUCUUCUUGUCUACUACAUGUACAGUCAAUCGCAAAAGUUUACGGGACGCAGGAUCUGCCAAGAAGCUGAAUUCUCGCGAAGCGUGGUCACACAGCCUCGAAUUAAAUGUUCCAGCAUGUAGUAGCCUUCGCCACCUACACAGUGAUUCAUUAAAAACGAAGUGUCAUGCAUUAACAGUGCAGGAAUUCACAUUUGAAAGGGAAACCGCAUCCCGCAAACUUUUGCUGUUGACUGUACGAAUUUCGUUGCCGUCUGUUCACUUUGCACUUGGGAUGUCACAAUUCAGACCCUGUGUCUGCAUGUCUACACCAGUAAAGUGGCCCGAGCUGUUUCUUUCUUUAAUUUUUGACGUCACUAUUUAAGCUGGUUGGAGUUGUUUUCUCUUGACGUUUUCAAUAUCACGAUGGCGCGAUUCUGAAGCUAGCGUGAAGGUAGAGUAGCGCCUGGCGUGGAUAGAAGUAGCGUUAGUAAAAUAAGCAUCCUCAGAUGAGGCUUUCGCAUUACGCUGUGUUUUAUACAAUUAUCUAGAGACUUAUCCACCUGCUAAAAGUGCAUGCUAAAAGAGCAUGCUAAAUAAACAAAACGCCGGCAUACGCUACAGUCCUCUUGAAGAUGACCUCUAGCCAGUCAUCUAUUCAAAGGGCAACUAUAGCCACAUUUCGUAAGUUGUGUUCUGUUCUGCACAAAAAGUGUUGCUGCACACAGCACUAUAGGCUACAGCAAGGCAGUGCGACCGAGCACAUUGCAAUACUUAUAGAUAUUCUCACUUAAGCGCCGGCAGUGGCGUCGGCCUACGCUACUUUGUCUUUCAAUACAACGAGUCCCGCAUACGCCCUCUCUGACAGUGGUGUUGCAAUGCCAGGUUUGGCCACUGCGGGUGUCCUGUGCGUUUUGCUUUCUUUGCUUUAGUUAUUAUUUUCUCUGCGCGCCAUGUUGUUGCAACAUUGCUCUGUGAUCACCUUCGCACUUUGGAGAGAAGUUCGAAGCUAUUAGAGAGCUUUAGAUUAGGGGGACGCAAGCGUUGGGGGGCCCCUUAGCGCUUGGGGCCACGGUACUGCGCAUGCGUAGACGGUCUGCUCAUGCGCAGUACCGUAGCCCCAAGGGAUAGCGGGCGCCCCAACCCUUGCGUUCUUACAUCCCCUUAAUCUAAAGCUCCCCAUUUUGUCUUGUAAGCUACGCCAAAUGACGCGCUGCCUCGUUUUUCCUGGGUACUGGUGCCAACUGGAAUCUCGGCGCCCGCGUCUGUGUUCCGUCUGUCUUGUAUAUGACUUCGCGUCGGAAAACAGUGUUCAGACAACUUUCAGGCUGACGUCAGGUACGUUGCCACGUCGGUCCGAAGUCGCAAAGUCAAUUUCUACCAGGGUCCCACUGUCCGUCGGCAUGCAUAAAUGGAUGCGUCUUUGUGUUAGUCCAUUGUGGCCGCGUGUGCGACAACUAAGCCAAAAUUACGAAGAACUCUGUUUGGCGAGAGCUUGGUGAUUUUUUUAGAACUCUGUCGGUGUUCCGCUGUCAUCGUCGUGUUGUACUUUUUUACGCACUGUGAUCACACGAAAAAUAAAGUGAGAUGUACCUUUGUAA